AUGGCGCGGAGUUGGAUGGUCGGCGGAACUGCGGUGGCGGCGCUGGCGUCCGUGCUGGCGGCGUGCGCCACUGCGCUGCACGCGAGUGGCGGAAACAUGGGGCUGCACCCCAUGCCGCGCAUCUUUCCCUUCCUCUGCUCCUUCGAGGACGAGAUUAGAGACGUCUCAAACAUCGUGCCAAAACCCCGUCUUCCCCCCAUCAACCCCCACCCUCCCCCCAGGCUGCACCCCAUGCCGCGCAUCUUUCCCUUCCUCUGCUCCUGCGAGGACGACAAGCUUUGUGAUGUCUCCUCCCCCCCGCUUUACGCCCUCCCCUUCUCCGCUUUACGCCCUCCCCUUCCCCGCUUUACGCCCUCCCCUUCCCUGCUUUUCGCCCUCCCCUUCCCUGCUCCCCUUCCCCCCAGGCUGCAUCCCAUGCCGCGCAUCUUCCCCUUCCUCUGCCAAUGCGAGGACGAGCAUGGCGUGCUGGACGAGGGCAUCGCGCGCUGCCAGCUCGCCAGCGACUUCCUCAUAGCUCUGGCCUACUUCUCCAUCCCAUUGGAGCUUCUCUACUUCUUCCUGCGAGCAAAGGUCUUUCCCCACCGCUGGGUGCUGCUGCAGUUCGGCCUCUUCAUCGUGCUCUGUGGUCUGACUCAUCUGGUGAACAUGUGGACAUAUGGUCCCCAUCCCAGUGCAGUGGCAGUGCUACAAACAGUGCUCAAAGUGCUCUGUGCGGCUGUCUCCUGUGCCACGGCCUUCCUGCUCGUCACCAUCAUCCCUGCUCUGCUCAACGUCAAGGUCCGAGAGCUCUUCUUGCAGCAUAAAGCGGCCCAGCUAGACAGAGAAAUGGACGUGAUGAGGCGAAAGGAGGAGGUGGGGCGGCAUGUGCGCAUGCUGACAUACGAGAUCCGCCAGUCGCUGGACCGACACACCAUCCUCAACACCACCCUCGUGGAGCUGGCCCAGGCGCUCAUGCUGGAGAAUUGCACCAUCUGGAUGCCUCACGCCUCCGGGUCCUGUUUAGAGCUGACACACGAGUUGGAGCGGCGGCUAGUGCAAGAACCGGUGCUGGUGCCUCUCUCCGACCCCACGGUCCAGUCGCUCAUCCACACGCCCCGCGCCCUCCGCAUCUCCCCAACCUCCUUCAUCGGCCGCGCCUCUGCCUCCCACACCGCCCACAGCACGUCCCUUGCUGCUGUGCGCCUGCCUAUUCUGCCCCUCGAAGCCAUGGCUGAUGCUGCUGCUGCCGCGGCGGCAGCGGCAGCGGCAGCGGGUGCGGGUGCGGGUGCGGGUGUGGGUGUGGGUGUGGGUGCGGGUGGGGUGGAGGCAGCUGGUGAGGAUGUGGAUGGGAGUGGAGGAGAAGGCAGUCCCUUGCUUUGGAGUGGUGAUGGUGCUGCAGCAGCAGCAGGAGGGGAGGGUGGGAGUGGUGGGGCAGGAGAGGAGAGGAUAGGGGGAGUGGUGCCGGUGUAUGGGCUCAUGGUGCUUGUGCUGCAUGGGGAUGCUAGAAGGCAGUGGAAGGCACACGAGGUGGAGAUGGUGGAGGUGGUGGCAGACCAGGUGGCAGUGGCUCUCUCACACGCCGCAGUAUUGGAGGAGACGCAGCGGCGGAGGGACGAGUUGGAGGAGAAGAACCGCACGUUGCAGGCAGCAAGGCAGCGAGCAGAGGUGGCAGUGAUGGCGAGAAACGACUUCCUGGCCGUGAUGAACCAUGAGAUGCGCACUCCCCUGCACUCCAUCACUGCUCUUGCUUCCAUCCUCAAUGAGGAGGACCUGACCCCGGAGCAAGCGCCCAUGGUGGCGACUGUGCUGCGCAGUGCGUCGCUGCUGACUUCCCUCAUCACUGACGUGCUGGAUUUCAGUCGACAGGAGGAGAGUCUGCAUCUGGAGAAGCGCCCGUUUGACCUGCGAAAGCUGUGCAGAGAGGCUGGGAAACUGGCGUGGCCGCUGGUGCGGUCCAAGGGGUUGCGUUUCUCCCUAGAGGUGGCGGGGGUGGUGCCGCAGUACGUGGUGGGGGAUGAGAAACGGCUGCUGCGGUUGAUGCUGCACCUUGUCGGACGGGCCGUGAAGAAGACCGAUGAGGGUUUUGUGUCGGUGCAGGUGUCAGUGGAUGAUGGGCAGACCUCCCGCCCCCACUCCUCCCACUCCUCAUUCACUGCCGGUGAAGGCCCCACUGCUGCUUCGUUCCUCCCUGCUGCUGCUACCAUUGGGACGACCCCUCAACCCUACUGCCGCUUUCCGCUCCUUCGCUGCUGCAUUCACCCCAUGUUCCCCCAAGCAGGGUUUUGUGUCGGUGCAGGUGUCAGUGGAUGA